AUGGGACUUUCUGAAGGAUUCUUGGCAACACCUUUGCAAUUCGCCUCUACAAACUACAUUAUACCAAGCUUACCAGCACAUUAUAUAGCAUAUGGCUGUAAAAAUGUGCUGGCCCUUUCACCAAUUUAUCAAAAUACUACUGUUAGUAUACAUUUGAAAUUGACAAGAGGUGCUAUAACGUAUGGAAGCAAAAAAUAUAAUAACAACGACAUAAUUAAACUUGUAAUAAACAAAUACAGAACGUUACAAUUAUCACAUACAUCUGACUUAUCAGGAACCAUGGUAACAUCAUCAAAACCAGUAAUUGUCGUCAGUGGUAAUGAUUGUAAUACUGCAGUUCCAGCCGUUAUUAGUUUAGGUGGCUGUAAUCCAUUUACAGAAUCAGUAUUACCCAAUGAUCAACUAGAUAAUAUGUUUAUAACUCCAUAUAUAUCGACUCGUUUGAACAAUACUGUACGUAUACAGGCGGUAAACAGUACGAAUUUGACCAUUAAAACUGGUAACAAGACAAUAUCAAAAACCAUUAACGCAAGAGAUUUCUUCGAUUUUUAUUACAACACGAUCUCUUUUAUUUCAUCAUCUGAUGACAUACUUGUCAUGUCAUAUCCACACGGUUUAAGUUCGGGCAAAGGAGAUCCUUUUAUGAUGACGAUUCCAGGUAUAAAUCAAUACCUGUAUGAAUAUGAUUUCGUAGUACCAACAAGAUUUGACAGCUUUAUUAGCAUAUCGGUACAGAGCGAUGCUAUUAAUGAGUUUUUGCUUGAUAGUAAUUCUUCAAAUAGUCGAAGUAGUGUUUUCAGUAUUUCAGAAGGCUUAUAUAAUUUCAGCACUUUCAGUAUGCCAAUAACAAGCGGUUUUCAUCAUAUUGAACAUAGACAAAAAAUUAGAUUCGGUUUAUGGGUUUACGGUAAUGGAUACUCUGCUGUAUACGGGUUCCCUGCUGGAUUGGCAUAUAAAGAUUUAAUUUAA